AUCUGUUGUGGCAUUAGCAAACGGACGACACCACUUGUACCAACCUACGCAGUCCAGCAUCCUCCUACUAAAUCCCCGCGACGCGUCUGUCGCGUAAAGUGGGAAAGACAUCCAGACUCCCAUCAGAAGUCGUCAAGAUGGCAGACAUGUCCAACGAAGACGAGCGCGAGCGUCUCAAGGCCGCGCUCUGGUUCGCAGUCGGCAAGAUCGUCGACGAGGAGUCAAUCAAGCAGAACUGCAACGCCACACCGCAGUACAUUGCCGCGCUGACCGAAAUGGUCUGGGCACAGAUUGAGUCAGUCGCCACCGACCUUGAGAGCUUCAGUCGGCACGCGCGGAGAUCGACGGUCCACACGGAGGACGUCGUCCUGCUAGCCCGCAAGAACCCGGACCUGCUCGACAUUGUCCGAGGCUUCGUCGAGGAGCAAAAGGCGGAGAAGCUCAGAAAGGGGAAAGGCAAGCAGAAGAGAUGAUCUAGCUGUGGGACGGAAUGAACCACCGGUGCACUGUUGAUACCCCCAAAUUAACGAACGUUACGAACACUUCAGUUGAAGGAGUUGAAA